UAAGUUCCCCAGAGCUGCCCUUUCUCUGGAACUCUUCGAGGCCACUCCCCCUGAUGCAAUACCUGGGUUUGGGCAGAAAGGAGAGUGCUUCACAGCCCGCCUCUUCUAAGCUGUCUGGGCUGGCUCUUCUUUUCAGAGUGAUUCAGGUGUUACAGCGACUCAGACCUCAGGUCCAACAUCUGAGUUCUGAAGCAAGAAUGGCUGAGAUGGACAGAGUGCUUCAUUCUGGAAGGAAACAACGUUCCAGGUCAAGUUGAGUCUGCCAAACACAGACCCUCACGAUGGUUCUGGAAGAAAUCUCGACAAGUCUUAUCAUGUGGUUUUCCUACGCCUUGAUUCCUUGUUUGCUCAUAGAUGCAGUGGCUGUCCUGCCUGCCCCUCAGAACCUCUCUGUACAAUCGACCAACAUGAAGCAUGUCUUGACAUGGAGCCCGGUGGUCAUGCCUGAAGAAAUAAUACACUAUUCUGUUGAGUACCAGGGAGAGUACGAGAGCCUGUACAUGAGCCACAUCUGGAUCCCCAGCAGCUGGUGCUCCCCCACCGCAGGCCCUGAGUGUGACAUCACAGACGACAUCACUGCCACUGUGCCCUACAACCUCCGCGUCAGGGCCACCCUGGGCUCACAGACCUCAGCCUGGAGCACCCUGAAGCAGCCCUUUAAUCGAAACUCGACCAUCCUCACCCCACCUGGAAUGGAAGUCACCCAGGAUGGCUUCCACCUGGUUAUUAAGCUGGAAGACCUGGGGCCCCAAUUUGAGUAUUUCGUGGCCUACUGGAGGAAGGAGUCUGGUGCCGAGGAACACGUCAAGAUGGUGAGGAAUGGGGGUGUUCCAGUGCACCUGGAAACCAUGGAGCCAGGCUCUGCCUUCUGCGUGAAGGCCCAGACCUUCGUGAAGGCCAUUGGGAGGCACAGUGCCUUCAGCCAGGCGGAAUGUGUCAAGGUGCAAGGAGAGACCCUGCCCCUGGCGCUGGCCCUGUUUGCCUUUGUGGGCUUCAUGCUGAUCCUUGUGGUUGUGCCGCUCUCCAUCUGGAAAAUGGGCCGGCUGCUCCGGCACGCCUGCUGCCCCGUGGUGGUGCUCCCUGACACCUUGAAAAUAACCAGUUCACCCCAGAAGUUAAUCAGCUGCAGAAGGGAGGAGGUAGAAGUCUGUGCAAUGGCCGGACUGUCUUCCAAGGAGCUCCUCGGGGUCUUCAUCUAGCAGGCUGGGGAUGGGGCCCAGCUGAAGCUGGAAAUUGUGGUCUGCGUGACACAGGAGCCUCAAGGGGAAAGUCCUUGUUGCUGUUUUCCUCCAUGAGCAAAGGACAAGAGAAGAGCCUGCCGUGCUCCUGUCCCAGAAGCAACUGUCUGAGGCAGGGUAGGGUGGCAGCCGGAGCGCUGAGCACGGGUCAGGAGAUGUGACCUCUGGCACUGGAUCUAUCUGUCAUGUACUGGUGGAAUGACCCUGGGGAAAGUGACUGUCUCUCUACUCCUCAGUUUCCUCAUCUAUAAAAUGGGAGGGGAUUGACUACACAACAAUUAAACCCUAUGUAUAUAUAACCACAUUAUCUCCCCACCACUAGCAGAGCUGUCUGGAAAUUGACAACAUUGUACAUUGUGAUGGUUCAGCUUUUCUGAAGAGCUGUCGAUACAUGUGUAACGAGAAUGAUCCAAGGCUCUAUACACCUGCUGGCUUGGAGAGCCCACUUUUCUAGCAGAACCUUGAAGAGGAAAGGAAGGAUGGGUACAAUGGGGUGGACUUCACUUCAAGCCAAAUGUCUGCAGAGAGGUGACUGAGUGGCUCAGCCAGCUCUACAGUUCAUGACCUGGAAGGAGGCCACAGCCCCACUGAAAAUGGAUGUUUGCGGACGCUCAGACACGUGAAACGCUGUCCGGGGUAAACAGCGUACACCCCGAGGACAGCGCUAAAACGCAUGCGCUUGAGGAGAUGCGCCUGCAGGAUGUCAGUAAGUGUGAUGUUUGCCGUGUUCCUUUUUCCUGUAGAGUUGCUAAAGGGCAAAAUGAAAAAUAAAAAGGGGUCACCUUGGGUCGU